AUUGCACUCGCAAUUGCGUCCUUAAAGGCCUGCUUGAGUCUGCCGACUUUUUCCAUAUAAUAUUUACCAUCACACAUUACCCGAAAGGUUGAAUGGGACAACCCUUCAUCAACAAAAUGACCACACCACUUUCGACGGAUGAUCUUCAGUCACGCAGAGAAGCCGACUACGAGCGGUUCAAAACCGCCGCCGCAUACACCUUUCUCAUUGCAUCGCCUGUUCUCAUUGCUCUACCACCUAGAAAGCUCGAUAACCUGACGGUCCUUCUCACCAGCGCUUUCUGUGUUUCGGCAAACCACCUCACCCGCGAACACACCGGGCGUAGUAUCGUGGAUCGGAUCGAGGCCCGCAUCUCAAGGAACCCUAUUGCAGCAUUGUCGGAUCUACCAAGCCAACGGGCACAGGAGAUACAGGCCAAGUUAAAGGCAGCGAGGGAUGCACAGAUCCGGGAUGGAUCAGCAGUUGGCGAGGAACUGGAGAGGCUGAAGGCUAGGCAAGCACAGGAGAAGCCGGCUUUAGAGAAAAUCUGGAUGGGCGGCGAGACGGAGGGGUGGAAGGAAAGAAGAAUAAGGGAGGAACAGAAGGCCUUGGAGGAGGGGAAAGGAUAUGGUGACCUGAUCAAGGAGCAUAUAUGGGAUGUAUGGAAUUGGGGCCAGAAGGAAGAAGGGAAGGAGCCGAAAGAGGGAAAGUAGUUGAGAUUUGGAAAGUGAAAACCGUUUUGCAGGGCCUGUCAACGGCCUUUUCCUUUAGCGGGCUUGCAUGAUAUAGGCGGCGUUGAUGAUAUGGGCUGGGUUCACAUGGUUUCUCGUUUUAUGUAGUUAUAGUUGUCCGUCCUACCUUAUGUAUAAAAGCUUUGUACAUUAGUAUAUCAUCGAUCUGAUUACCUCGUGUCAUUCCUACCAGGUGAAAAGUUAUGUCAUAUAAUGCUG